CACUUCAGCAAUGCUUCCAAAGCAGGUCCAAAGUCUGCUUUGGGGUGUGUGUGUGUGUGUGUGUGUCCACAUUCUGGCACCAUCCAGAGGAAUUUGGGUCCUACCUGAAGUUGAAGCUCCUUUCUUUACUCCACCCAGACCCCUUCCCUCCAGAUCCUGCCUGGGCUCUACUUUAUUUUUGUCAACUCCUAGCCUCGGCGCUUUCCCAAAACGCCCUCCAGCUUCUAGCCCUCUGCUCACACCCUGCUCUUUCUCGUGUCCUGUCCUUGACUGUGCCACCCCUUUUGGAGCGCUUUACAGCCCCAGCUUAAGUCUCACCACCUUCAGGACACCCCUCCACAGACACCACCGUCUCAGCCCCUGCCCUAGGUAGACCAAGGUCUCUCUCCUGAGAGCUCCACGCUACCUUGCCCGGGGCGCUCUUGCCGUGCCCCCGUGGUGUCUUACAAUUGCCUGUUUACCUGCCGGACUCCCACCUUCCACCGUGAGCUCCCUGCGGCCAGGGACUGUGGGUACCCGUCACUGAACACCCAGCAUCUAGCACGUACUAAGGCACGUACUGGCACUUACUAGGCGUUCCAAUGCCUGAUGAAUGAAUGAAUGAAUGACAUUCGCCUUGCUGGUGCAUUCAUUCAUUUAAUAAACAUUUAGGAAGCAAUUGCUUACGAUCGGCACUGUGGUCGUCAACAUUUAAAUGUCAAAAUAUACGACGGCACUCAAGUUCCAAAUGAUGUGUGCGUAAAUUAUGCAUGUGGAAUGAACAUGCACACACAGCAAAGACUGCCUCCCUAGCUACAAAUACCAAAGCUAGCAAAUGCAGUAAACUGUGUACCAGAUGUCCCUGAAAUUGACAAAGAACCGAGAACCAAAAAUGACAGUUAGCUCCAUAAGGCCUGUAGAAGAAAAACGAAAAGAGUAAAAGAACAAAAGAACCUCCAGCAGAAGGAAGUGGCUAUGGUUUUCUUCUAUGCACUAGAGCUGGGGGUGGGGAGGAUUUCUACAAGCAUUCUAUGCUGGGCAGGUUCAUGUAAGCCUGAGUUCCUCAAGGGUUGGCUCUUAGGAGCUGUUAGGAAAAUUCAUUGCCAUGCACGAGUCAGGGGACUGUUUUUUAUUCCACCGGAAAUUGUUAAUGGGGACUGCAUUAGUGGCCCCUUAUUGUUCUGCCUGAUGGAGAGACAGCAGGUUCACCCAAGCAGUUCUGGAACCCUGAUCGCUGCCAAUUAGGGGAGUAUUGUCUGGCUGACAUAAUCAACUUCACGUCACAACAUGGAAGCCGUUGCCAAGUUUGACUUCACCGCCUCCGGCGAGGAUGAGCUGAGCUUUCACACCGGAGAUGUUCUGAAGAUCUUAAGUAACCAAGAGGAGUGGUUCAAGGCGGAGCUUGGGAGCCAAGAAGGAUAUGUGCCCAAGAAUUUUAUAGACAUCCAGUUUCCUGAAUGGUUUCACGAAGGCCUCUCCCGACACCAGGCAGAGAACUUACUGAUGGGCAAGGAGGUUGGUUUCUUCAUCAUCCGGGCCAGCCAGAGCUCCCCAGGGGACUUCUCCAUCUCCGUCAGGCAUGAGGAUGAUGUUCAGCACUUCAAGGUCAUGAGAGACACCAAGGGUAAUUACUUCCUGUGGACAGAGAAGUUUCCAUCUCUAAAUAAGCUGGUGGACUACUACAGGACGACCUCCAUCUCCAAACAGAAGCAGAUCUUUCUGAGGGAUAGAACCCGAGAGGAUCAGGGUCACCGGGGCAACAGCCUGGACCGGAGGCCCCAGGGAGGCCCACACCUCAGCGGGCCCGGGGGAGAAGAAAUCCGGCCGUCGAUGAACCGGAAGCUGUCGGAUCAUCCAGCGCCCCCUCCCUCGCAGUACCCCCCGGCACCGCCACAGCAGCAGCGCUAUCUACAGCACCCCCACUUUCAUCAGGAACGCCGGGGAACCAGCCUUGACAUAAACGACGGGCACUGUGGCGUGGGCAUGACCAGCGAAAUGAACGCCGCCCUCAUGCACCGGAGACACACAGACCCAGUUCAGCUCCAAGUGGCCGGGAGCCUCCUCCGUGUGACCGUGGCUCCCAAGGCCAGCCCAGCCGCCCUGGCUCGGCAGGACCCCUCUGUGUUUCCCCGACAGCGAGUGCGGUGGGCCCGGGCGCUGUACGACUUCGAGGCCCUUGAGGACGACGAGCUGGGCUUCCGCUGCGGAGAGGUGGUGGAGGUGCUGGACAGCUCCAACCCGUCCUGGUGGACCGGCCGCCUGCACAACAAGCUCGGCCUCUUCCCCGCCAACUACGUGGCCCCCAUGAUGCGAUGAGCCCCUUCCGGUGGGGCCCGAGGCUUUCGUCUGAAGCUGCCUGCAAGAGAGGGGGCAGGGGAGAACUGCUGGAACUACGUGUACAUCCGUGUAUAUGCGUGUGCACACACACGCGCCUAUGUGUACGUGCAUUCGAUAAUAGUAAUUUAUUGGCGAUGCGGUCGGUUCAUUAGUUGAUAUGAAAGGAAGUCAGGUGGAGAAUUCUAUUCGUACUUCUUUUUCUGCUCUCCCCUCAGCGGGUGUGUGGAAGGCAGGGGGAAAGUUGGGGUGGGGGUGGGGCAGAGACAUGAAACCGAAGUUCUUCCUGUCCUUAAGAUGGCACCGCUUCCUCCUGGUCUUGGGACUUUCACUGAGACUAGCUGAGCAGAGAUCCACAUCCCGGCGUUGGACGCAGAACAGCAGGGUGGAGCCGGACUCGGUGGGGCCACGUUUCGGCUUUCCCUCCGAGCCCCGCUCCCCUUGAGGUUUUGCAGGGCAACGUCCCUCCUGUGCGACCAGGGUGGGCACUGCUGGGUUGAGACCAGAGGAGCAGCCACACGGGACUGGAGCAGCGGGGGCCUGGAGGCCUGGGCGAGGCUGGCCUCCUGCCCCGUGCUCAGCGGAGACCUUCACCUCCCUCGCCGGAGUGCUCCUCAGCCCUGAGAAACAGAGACCGUGAGGAGCCCAGCACUGGCAAAUGGCGGGUUUUUCACAAAUCCCCAGUGGCUUGCUUGGGUGUCACCUCUGUUUCCCCGGAUACCAAGAAAGCAGCAUCUGACAUUCUGUAAAGUGCUCGGAGAAGCCCUGGCUGAGAAUGCGGGACUUUAAAGCCAUUGUUUUACAACUCCCAGGGUGUCUCUUUGGGUCUCUAUUGGUUUUCCGUUGUCCUGAGGAUGCUUUGCCCAGUGGCAGAGAGGGAAGCCCACUCCACAAGAGCAUUGACUAGCAAUUGUUGAUUGGUUGAUUGAUUGACUGAACUUGACCCUGGGAGGGAGCCGGCUUUGACGGGAGCUUCCUGUUGGAUCUGGCCGUAGAGUCAUUGCUGGCAUCCUCUCUCCAGCCUCGACCCAAGAGCUGACCUGGGGAGAGGGACCCCAUUGUCUCUGUCUCUCCUGCCACCUCAAAAUAGAAUUAUGUUUUCUUGGGCUCAGCUGGGGGUGUGGAGCACAGGCUGGCCUGGCUGGGGAGAAGGGACCCCGGAGAAGGAAACAGCGUUUUGGUGGAGCCUGGGAGCAAACACGUCUGACCCGAGAGACCUGAGAAGAGGGUGUGUGUGUGUGAUGAGGCCUAAGUGACAGGCUGGGUGCACGUGUUGGUGAGGGAGAAUGAUGGGGGGUGAGGUGUGCCUGCUCCUUUGUCUUCUUCCCCAGCCCUUCUUGCUCUAAGGAGUGACGGGGGCAGCCGUUAUCGAGGGUGAAAGGAGAAGAAAGAGUGUCUGGCUCAGAAGCGACUGUCGGGGUAACAUAGGCUGCGUCCCUUUGACUCUGAACGCUACGAUUCUGUGAUCCCUCUGUUGUCUUUAGAGAAAAAGGGGAAAAGAAGGCACUCCACGGCGAGUCUUGGGAGGGAAGAGAAAAUAGCCUGAGAGAGGCAGGGGGAGUCAGGUGACGGUAAGGAACAUCUUGGCUCGCAGCCUUUAGAAAUCAAAGAACAGAAAGGAAAAGGUAGCAGAGAUGUUUCAAAAGACCAAGGAGCAGCGUGAGACACAAAGGGAGGGAAAGGGAGCAAGAUGGUAAGUGGGACAGGCGAGGAAGACGUUGGAGUAGAGUCAGCAGGCCGGCCUGCGGCUGACAACCAGGGGAAGGAGGGAUCCAGCAGGUGGGGAAGGAGGAGUUACAGCAGAGCCGCGAACGCCACGGAAGGCAGGGACCAAGACACCACAGGAACGAAGAGGAACGGACAGGGAGAAAGAAAAGCAAGGCAGAGAAGACCUAAAAGCUAUUUCGGUGCUAGGUAAUGUGAACAUGUUACAGUAAAUAAAAGCCAAAAGUGAUGUUUGGUUUUA